AUGGAGAUAUGGUUGAACCAAUCAUCCACAGAUGACUUUGUCCUCCUGGGCAUCUUUUCCCACGGUCCUGCUGACCUAGUUCUUUUCUCUGCAGUCAUGAUAGUCUUCAUGGUGGCCAUCUGUGGGAAUAUCCUCCUUAUCUUCCUCAUCUACAUAGAUCCUCGACUCCAUACACCCAUGUACUUCUUCCUCAGUCAGCUCUCCCUCAUGGACCUCAUGUUGGUCUGUACCAAUGUGCCCCAGAUGGCAGUCAAUUUCCUCUCGGGCAGGAAGUACAUCUCAUUUGUGGGCUGUGGCAUUCAAAUUGGUCUUUUUGUCUGUCUUGUGGGAUCUGAAGGGCUCUUGCUGGGACUCAUGGCUUAUGACCGCUAUGUGGCCAUUACCCACCCACUUCACUAUCCCAUCCUCAUGAGUCAGCGAGUCUGUCUCCAGAUUGUUGGGAGCUCCUGGGCCUUUGGGAUCAUAGAUGGUUUCACACAGAUGGUGGUAGUAAUGACCUUUCCUUACUGUGGCUUGAGGGAGGUGGACCACUUCUUUUGUGAAAUGUUAUCUUUGUUGAAGCUGGCCUGUAUAGACACAUCCAUUUUUGAGAACAUGAUAUUUGUUUGCUGUGUCAUCAUGUUGUUUCUUCCCUUCUCCAUCAUCGUGGCCUCCUAUGCUCGCAUCCUGAAGGCUGUGCUGCACAUGCGUUCUGCUCAGGCUGGUAAAAAGGCUCUGGCCACCUGCUCCUCCCACCUGACAGCUGUGUCCCUCUUCUAUGGGGCAGCCAUGUUCAUCUACCUGAGACCUAGGCGCUACCGAGCCCCAAGCCAUGACAAGGUGGUCUCUAUCUUCUACACGGUCCUUACUCCAAUGCUCAACCCUCUCAUUUAUAGCUUGAGGAACAGGGAGGUGAUGGGAGCCCUGAGGAAGGGGCUGGACCGUUGUAGGAUUGCCAACCAGCCCUGA